UCUAGUGUUCCAUCCACACCAUAAGAAAACACAUCUCAACCAAUCCCAACUCAGAUCGGCUCCCUGAACAUCGCCGAUAAACCACCGGUCCACCACCACAACCAUCAAAACCCUAACCCUAACAACUCUCCCAACCAUGGAACAUUAUCCAGAAGAACUCCGUACACCACCGGUGACACUAGCAUGCAUCAUCGGUCACCAAGACCUCCACGCUACGAUCUCAACUCACCUCCAUUCCGAACAACCGCCGAUCAACACACUCGCAUUGCCGGAUUUCUCUAAGAUCUCCGUCAUAGACCGAACCCCUAAGGAUAAGGAGGAUCAAUUGCCGUCUGCUUACACUUCUACCGGCAUCAUUAAACGCGAUUGGCUCUUGAAGCAUCGAACUAGGGUUCCGGCCGUUGUUGCUGCUCUCUUUGAUGUCGAUCAGCUGUCCGGUGAUCCUGUUCAGUGGCAGCAGGUCUGCACCGAUCUCGAAAACCUCAAAGCAGUGAUCAGAGGGAGGAAUAUCAAGCUGGUAGUGGUGGUGGUUGUGAGGUUUAAUUCGAAAGAAUCUAUAACCGAAGAACGCAUGGUUGCUCUUCGCAAGCGUGCUGAAGUAGAUGCGAAAUACGUUGUUACUUUUAUUCCAGAUGAUGCAUCUGAAUUGAACCUAUCUUUGAACAGGCUAGGAAACAUAUUUGGGGAGCUCGCUGUUACCUUUUACAGGGAUGAAGGAAGAAAGGUUAAAACACGGCUUGAAAAGAAGAGCUAUGGCUCCAUAGAGUUCAAUGUCCGUUAUUGCUUUAAAGUAGCUAUAUAUGCAGAGUUCAGGAGAGACUGGGCGGAAGCUUUAAGGAUGUACGAGGAUGGCUACCAUGCACUGCGAGAGAUGAUUGGGACAUCUACGAGAUUGCCAGCGAUCCAACGGUUGGUUGAGAUCAAGAUGGUUGCAGAGCAAUUCCACUUCAAGAUAUCAACAUUACUUUUACAUGGUGGAAAGGUUCUAGAAGCAAUUAAAUGGUUUCGGCAGCAUAAUGCUUCUUAUAAGAACCUAACAGGCCCUACACAAGUGAAUUUUCUUCAUUGGGAAUGGCUGAGCAGGCAGUUCUUAGUAUUUGCUGAGUUGCUUGAAACUACCAGUGCUACCAUUUCCUCUCCCGCGUUAACUGUUGCAGAUAGAACCUCGUCUGAUUGGGAAUUUCGUCCAGCAUACUAUUAUCAGCUUGCUGCUCAAUUCUUAAAGGAGAAGAAGAAGUGUGUAGAAAGUGCGGUUUCCACGGCGCCCACCGAGACUGAUGAGAGUUGUGAUUCUAUCGUGCCUUCUCUUUAUGUGGGUCAGUUUGCUCGAUUACUAGACCUUGGGGAGACAUCUGUAAUGCAACUAAUCACAGAUGAUGAUUACGUCCUCUUUGCUCUUACUGCUGAAAGGAAGAAGUUGGGGGACUCCACUGAAAUCAUUGCUUUGCUAAAAAACGCAUAUGAAGCAUACAAUAACUCAAAAUCUCAAAGGACGGCUUCUUUUUGCAUGCUUUUAAUGGCAAAGGAGUAUUUCCUUACAAGUGAUUAUACUAAUUCAAAACUCCAUUUUGAUAAACUCACAAGUCUCUACAGGCAGGAGGGUUGGGUCACUUUAUUAUGGGAGGUACUCGGUUAUCUCCGUGAGUGCUCACGGAAACUCGGUUCAGCUCAAGAUUUUAUCUCAUAUUCACUUGAAAUGGCUGCGUUGCCAAUCUCAUCAAUUUCCGGCCUUCAAGAGUUGAAGGACUGUGGGCCCGGUGGUUCACCGAGUCUAAAACAAGUAGAAAAUAUACACAAGGAAGUAUUUGCUAUUGUUCGAGAAGAAAUAUGUAACGAAGAAGAAAUCAUGGGUGGUAUGAAAGUAAACGGUGAUCACCCACUUCAUCUUGAAAUUGAUCUCGUGAGUCCUCUCAGAGUGGCGCUUCUUACGUCAGUAGCUUUUCAUGAACAGAUUGUUAAGCCUCACGCGCCUACUUUAAUUACGUUGUCACUUUUAUCACAACUUCCGUCUCCAGUUGAAAUAGAUCAGUUAGAGAUCCAGUUUAAUCAGACUGAGUGCAAUUUUAUAAUUGUAAAUGCUCAAAGGCGUGAGUCAUCAUCACUCUCUAAUAUCCAUCCUGAUCGCAGAGUCGAGACUGUUCCUGUAAUUCAACUCUCUACAAAUAAGUGGCUACGGUUAACGUAUGAUAUCAAGUCAGUAAAUAGUGGAAAACUGGAAUGCACAUAUGUAAUUGCUCGAAUUGGGCCCCACUUCAGCAUCUGUUGUGGGGCUGAAAGUCCCGCCAAUAUGAAUGAUUUGCCUCUGUGGAAAUUUGAGGAGCGUUUUGAAGCAUCCCCAACUAAAGAUCCCGCUAUUGCAUUCUCGGGUAUGAAGGUUACCCAAGUUGAGGAACCAGAUCCCCAAGUUGACCUUAAAUUAGGGGCAGCGGGCCCCGCUUUAGUUGGAGAAAACUUCUUGUUACCAGUGACUCUCACCUCCAAGGGCCAUUCAGUUGAGUCGGGUGAAUUAAAAAUCAAUCUGGUUGAUACCCGAGGUGUUGGUUUGCUCAGUCCACGAGAGGCUGAACAUUCUUCGUCUUCUGACAAUCUUCACGUCGAGCUUCUUGGUGUAUCAUGUGGGCCCACCCAAGAUAAUAAUGACAAUAUCCGGAAAAUUCAACAGUCAUUUGGAUUGGUUUCUGUUCCGUUUCUGAAUGUGGGUGAUUCAUGGUCAUGCAAUUUAGAGAUCCAAUGGCACCAUCCUAAACCGAUCAUGUUGUACGUGUCUCUCGGAUAUUCUCCAAGCAGUGGCGCUCCGAAAGUUCAUAUCCAUAAGAGCCUGCAAAUCGAAGGAAAAACCCCUGUUGUCAUCAGCCACCGUCUUAUGCUACCCUUCCGGCGUGAUCCAUUGUUGCUCUCAAGACUUAAGCGUUCCCCUGAAUCUGGUCAAACAGCAUCACUUCCAGUCAACGAAACAAGCAUACUUGUCGUUAACGCCACAAACUGCACCGAGGUUCCGUUGAGAUUACUCUCCAUGUCUAUCUCUGAAGAUGACGUUACUUCAAUAAACAAAAGUAAAACCACAUGCAUGAUUCAGUCAGGAAUUGACAAUGAUCCAACUCUUCUUGUCCCAGGGGAAGAGUUUAAAAAAGUUUUUACCGUGAAACCUGAGUUAAAUGUUUCGAAACUUCACCUGGGAAGUGUGUGUUUAAGAUGGAGACGGGAUCAUGAAUCAUCAAAAGAGGUUGUUACAAAACAAAGUUUACCUGAUGUGAACCUAGAGUUUCCGCCAUUAAUCAUUACUUUGGAGUGUCCUCCCCAUGGAGUUCUUGGUGAACCGUUCACAUACUUUGCCCGAAUUCGCAAUCAAACGAAAUUGUUACAAGAGGUUAAGUUCUCGCUAUCAGAUUCACAAAGUUUCGUUUUGUCUGGACCCCACAACGACACGACAUUUGUUCUACCAUUAUCAGAGUAUAUUCUAAGUUAUAAACUCGUGCCACUAAGUUCAGGUUCUUUGCAGCUUCCGAGGGUCACAAUAACCUCGGUGCGAUAUUCAGCGGGAUUCCAACCGACAACUGCUGCAUCUACCAUUUUCAUCUUCCCCUCAAAACCACAAUUCCAAUUAUCCGAGCCCGAGAAGAAGUCCAAUUCAGCUGACCAGGUUCCUCAACAGAUUCCUGCUUGAUGAUCUUGUCUGAGGUUAGUUGUUUUUGCAUACUGCUAAAUUUACCAGUAGCUGCUCAGGAUUCGUGUGGUCGGGUUGUUAGUGUUUAUGGUUGUCGUGUAAGUACACUAUACUAAAUUUUUUUACUCAAUUUUGCAAUUAGCCAUGAUUGUUCUGAAUAUAGCUAAUAAAGGAAACUUGUUACUAUGUUUAUAGAAACUAAGUAUAAAUUACAAAUGUGGGAAUGUUUUCUUGA